AUGGACCCCGACUUCGAGCUCGAGUUCGAGAUGGUCGGUGUCUUGCGUGCGUACAAGACCACAUGGGACGAUGGUGACUCUGCUGCGGCGGCGGCGUCCACGGACGUCGAUCUGCUCAAGCGAGCGUGGCUCAACGAGAAGGUCGCGUCGGAUAUCCUCAGCUUUGACUCGCCCCUCGCGUUACGUGUCCGCGAGCAGAUCCAGCACCUGGAGGAGGUGCUCGAUGACUUCGUCGACGGCGGCGUUGACGACCUGGUGGUCUCGCUCUACCAGAUGGACCUCGAUCGCACGCUCUUCCUCCUCCGCUCCUACCUCCUCCUGGAGAAGAUCAAGAAGUACACGAUGCAUAUCUCUAGGUCCGAUGACCUCCUUAGUCAUCUCUCACAGCAGGAGCGCCUGAGCCAAAAUUGUCUGUAUAUCUCAAGGCAUACAGAAAUACAGUACCUGCCCCUAGGCACUGGUCUCAAAAGUGGAAGUUCUUGGAGGGCUGUAACAACUGGGAUGACAAAGUCUCUGGCCUACUCAUCUCGUGUUGAUGAUGUAGAGCUAGAGGUGCCUGCCAUCUGCUCACUAUUCAGCAUGGUGUUACCAGCUCGCUAA